AUGGGUAGACUUAUUGAAGAAGUCAGAGGUGAAGGACCUAUUAGGGUCGCAAAUGAAGCAAAUGCGGUACUAUUGACUAUGUCGCCCCAAGACUAUUAUCACGGUAGUAUUGGAAUGGGCAUAAAUGAGAUUGAAGAGGUAAAGUACCAACAAACGCCUAGAAGUUUUUGCAAAAGAGAUGGGUUGGCGAAUGGAACAAGAGAUAUGGUACUGUACGUUAGCUUGUUUACGAAGGGAAACAAGGUUGAAAACAUAGCAGAAAUGGAUAAUGAAGGCAAUACAGAUGAGUAUAUGAGUAGCGAUGAUGAACAUGUUUCAGAAUUUGAUGAUGAAGGCUACGAAGAUACGACGGGAAUCUCUCAUGAAGAUGAGGCGUUAUUUGAAUCGUGGAGUUCCAUUUUGUCAAGUGAGAAUAAUGACGCACCAAAAUCGGUGUGUCCAUUGCACUAUAUACCCAAAAAAUCUGGAUCUGACUCAGACAUCUCGCCGGUGAACAUACCAUUUGACGGGAGCUUGAAGCCAGACACGUUGGCCACAGAUAGUCUUUUGAGCAGCUUGAACAAAGACAUGCAUAUAACAAAACUGCAAAGUGAGAAGGCUCCGGUAAAGGGCCUGGCGGUGUCAAAAUUCACUCGUGCUUUCAAAGUACUCAAGACAUCGAUUAACCGUACCUCAUACUCUAUCUUAUCACAUCAUGGGUACCUUUCUCCCAGGAUGACAGACGACGCAGUUCCAGGCCUUUCAUGUCACGAGAGAGAAGACGAUUCUAAUUUGGAAGGACCGCAAACGCACAUGUGCGCAUCGGGAGAUUCGAUGCGUCCACCACUGGAAUUGCCUCGUGGGAACGAAUACAGAGGUAGAGACUCCCGUAUGAAUUCGUUGUUCCUUCGGUUAUACGCUAUAGACUAUGAGGCAAGAUGUCGGAGCAUCUUGCCCACCUCGUAUUCGAGCCGAGAGUUGUCUUAUGUGAUAAACCGGUCACGUGUAGCCAAGGAGUUUCACCGUCGCUUUAACAUUAUCAGUGUAUCGAACUUGUCUCGAGACAAGCUAUGGGACAACGUGAUACUUCCACCUCGAAUCGACAGCUCGCCGGGUGCUUAUAUUGACUCAUCGAGCUACGUGUACGUGGGAAACGAAAAAAAGACGGACACCAGAGACAGGCACCAUUACUACAACAAGCCAGCCGGGGUAUUGUACAACAGCAGGUGCUUUUACAAUGAUCAAUCUCCGCAGGCCGGGAACACGAAGCUGCAGUACACUAUCAAAGGAUGGUGCAACUCGAGGUGGCUCGAUUGCAGCCAAGAUUAA